AUUCCAUCGCUUUCCAAUUUGCGGGACUAGCCAGGGAAUCUGUGGAAUCGUUUUCCAGACGUUCGUUCAACAUACAUACAACAUACACACAUGCGCCUGCACUGCAAUCUCAGAAUAUAACUGCGCUACAGACCCUAUCUGGAGUUAGAGAAACAGAAGUCGCAAAAGAUAAUCGCAUUCGGCUUGCUAAAUAACUACCCCACUUGUCGCGUGUUUCCUUCGAAGAGGUAACAAAAAUACGAAAUUAAAGGCGAGAGGAGCUCCCACCUCAGAUUUAAGUGAUAAGAUCAAGAAGGAGAGGGUAUAUAGAGGGAGAAGGGAAAAAAGACGAGUUUUUACGGUUAUAGUUCCCGCUGCUGGACCUACUCUCUCGUCUCGGCUCUGAUGGCGACCACGGACAAGGAGGCUGCUACGGCCCUGAAACUACAAGGCAAUAAAGCGUUCGCAAGCCAUGAUUGGAUUCAGGCAUUAGAUUUUUACUCCCAGGCGAUUGAGCAAUAUGAUCAGGACCCUUCGUUCUUUUGUAACCGCGCGCAGGUACAUAUAAAGCGGGAGGCAUAUGGGUAUGCUGUGGCGGAUGCUACCAAGGCAAUAGAGCUCGACCCCAACUAUGUAAAGGCAUACUGGCGACGGGCAAUCGCGAACACCGCAAUCCUUAACUCCCGCGCAGCGCUAAAAGACUUCAAAACUGUUGUCCGCAAGGCGCCAAACGACCGCGAUGCAAAACUCAAAUUGGCAGAAUGCGAAAAACUGGUGCGGCGGAUAGAGUUCGAGAAGGCCAUCGAAGUCGCGGACCCUCCUUCAGCGUUUGAAGGGCUGGAUAUUGACGGCAUGAUUGUUGAAGAGAGCUAUGAUGGCGUACGAUUAGGCGAGUCAAUGACGCAGGAGUUCAUUGACGAUAUGAUUGAGCGGUUCAAGACCGGCAAGAAAAUUCAUAAGAAGUAUGCGUUUCAGAUUGUGCGGGCCACAAAGGAUAUCGUUUACGAUGAGCCUACGAUGGUGGAGGUUGGGGUUAAGGAGGGGACCAAGUUGACUAUUUGUGGUGAUACGCAUGGCCAAUUCUUCGACCUCCUCGAAAUCUUCCGCCUGAAUGGCUACCCCUCUGAUACACACGCUUACCUCUUCAAUGGCGACUUCGUUGACCGUGGCUCCUGGUCCACGGAGGUUGCCCUUCUCCUCUACGCCUAUAAGUGGCUGCGUCCGCACAGAUUCUUCCUAAACCGCGGCAACCACGAGACAGACGACAUGAACCGCGCCUACGGCUUCGAAGGCGAAUGCAAGGCUAAAUACAACGAGCGCCUCUUCAAGACGUUCUCGGAAUCCUUCUCCGUAUUACCGCUGGCCACAUUGAUCGGUGAUAAGUUCCUCACACUGCACGGUGGUCUGUUUUCUGACGAUAAGGUUUCGCUGGACGAUAUUCGGAAGCUGAAUAGGCAUAAUCAGCGGCAGCCAGGCCAAUCGGGGCUUAUGAUGGAGAUGCUAUGGACGGAUCCACAGACAGCGCCUGGGAGGGGUCCAAGCAAGAGAGGAGUGGGGAUGCAGUUUGGACCGGAUGUAACAAAGAGGUUUUGUGAGAACAAUGGACUUGAGGCAGUCAUUAGGAGUCAUGAGGUUAGGAUGGAAGGGUAUGAGGUUGAGCAUGAUGGGAGGUGCAUUACUGUGUUCUCCGCGCCCAGGUACUGCGACAGCACGGAAAAUAAAGGCGCGUAUAUCAACAUCGGCCCAGAGCUAAAGCUCGAAUUCCAUAAAUUCGAAGCCGUACCUCAUCCCGAUAUUAAGCCGAUGGCAUACGCUGCGAAUUCGAUCAUGUCUCUAAUGUGAUACCAAUUCGACAAGAACAACCUGCACAUGACACCUUGUCUAGGGGUCCGUCUUGGCACCCCGGUGAUCGCGUCCUAUUGGAAAGGAAGGGAAUGGAAGGAGAGGAAGAGAAGGGACAGUUUAGAUUAUAUCUGUUCACCAUAGUUUCUCGCACGCUGCUACGCUGCCACGCUGAUUCAAAGAAUUUAGCAUGAGAUUUAUACAACCCAUUUUGUUUUGUCUAUGACUUUAUUCUUCUUCUUCUCCUUUUUUAUUAUUUUUUUUAUUAUUUUUUUGGGCCAUUUUGCCCCUCAAGAGUUUUUGUAUAUGAUUUUCUUUAUAUCUAUCUGCCUUCUACAGCACAAGAGAAGGAGGUGCCCUGGCUUCAGGGGGAACAAAUUAUCUCUUCUCUUUUCUCUAUCUUUCUAUCCAUCCACCUUUUUUUCUUCCCAGGAACUUUCACCAACCCCUUCAUAGCUACCAUCCUUUUGUAUUUUCGCCUGCUCUGCAUAGCGAUGGGGGAGUAUAAACGUGUAUGCUCAUUUCCUUACUUCGGUUUUUCCGCUUAAAAUCUUGCCGGGAAGUGGCUGUCUUUUGUAUAUAGAGGAAUUGAUUUAGAGUAGAAAUCAAUAACUAUUAUUGGCGGAGAGGAAGCGUUUUUUUGUCGAAUAUAAAUGAGUACAACGGGCGGAGUUCAAAACAGGGGCAACCCCGUCAAUACAAAAGGAACGCUUUGGAUCCCUCAAGUCUAGUUUAUUCGGUGAAGGAUAAUUCAACGCCGCAUUGCCCCUCCAUCCCAAAUCUUUAUAAAUAUAUUUCUGAAGUUCUAGAGAUAUAAACUGCAAUCUGCC